AAAAAAAAAAAAAGAUAAUGUCAUGGCAAAGAUAUGCAAUAAAAAUUCUGGCAACAUCUAUUGGAAAGAAAUUAUUAAUAUUUGGUAUUGCCAAUAUGUAUGGGGUUCCACGUUUAUAUCGUAGAGCAUUGGAAAUAAAUAAUAAAAUUUUUAAAAAACCUGAAACGAGAAAAUUUUCAGCAAAUUUAUUAAAACAAGGAUUUUUAUUACCAAACACAUUAAGUUCUAAAUUGACACGAAAACCUGUCAAAACUUUUCCAAAUUCUUCUUCAUCUAUUAUAAAUAGUAGCAGCACUAGCAAUACUGUUGCUACACCUUAUACACCAUCUAGAUUAGUUGUACCUUCUCAUCCUAAUCUUCCCACAGGUUCUAUAAAAAAUCCGACUACACCGACACCAAUUACACAAACCACGACUACAACCACAUCAGCAUCCACGUCCGCGCUCACGUCCGCUUCUACAUCCACGUCAAAGUCCUCAUCCGAACCUGCAUCAGCAUCCGCGUCCACAAAUUCAACCGACGCUUCAUUCACAUCUUCCACAGUUGCUAAUCCAAAGGAACCUCCUCAAAAAUAAGUUUUAGUCAUUAAAUCGAUUUUAGUCAUUUCUCAUUACAAUUUAAAUAUAUACAUAUAUACUUGUAUAUUUCAUAAGUAUGAAAUAAAUUCAUAAUUUUAU